AUGUCAUUAACAGUAUUGGAAUAUAAAACUCAGGGUAAUCGAUAUUAUUCAAAUAAUCAAUCAUUAUUAGCUAUUCAAUCGUACAGUGAAGCAAUUAAACUUAUUGAAAAUAAACUUGAAGAAGAAAAUGUUAUUCCAUUAUAUUUAUUAUAUUUAAAUCGUUCAGCUGCUUAUAUACAAGAUAAAGAUUUUUAUUGUGGUUAUGAAGAUGCUAAACAAUCAUUGAAAUUAAAACGAAAUGAAAAUUUCAAAGGAUUUUAUCGUGCAGCUAUUUGUGCAUAUCAUCUUGGUUUUAUUGAACAAGCUGAAGAAUUUAUUAAAGAAGCAAUUAAUAAUCAUCAACAAAAUGCUCUUGAUUAUCGUGAUUUAAAAUUAUUAAUAGAAAAAAAGGUUCAAUGUAUGAAACGAUGGAGAAAACCGGUUGCAACGGCAAAAAAAGGUUUAAAAUUACUCGAACAAAUUUUCGAAGAUGGAAUUUUGUGGUUUGAAGUUCCAGCUAUACUUUAUCAAAUUCGAUAUACAUUACGUGCUUAUUUUGAAAAAACAAAUGAUAAAAAAUUGAUGAAUGUUGAUCAUGGUGAUCUUGGUUUAAGACUACAUGAAUUAGCUGUGCAAUUGAAUUAUAUGUAUCCUGUUGAAAAAUUACUUAUGGCUGAUCCAAUAUUUGAAGAUCUUAUUUUAAAUGAAAUGCCUGAUGUUGGAUCAUUACGUCUGAAAGCCUAUGAACAACGUCUUUUGCCUCGUGAUCAACGAGAUUAUGAUCUUGAAGAGAAAGCUGGAAAGGAUUUAACAGCUUAUGAAUUUUCAUUUUUCAUCAAUAAUGUUUUAGCUUCAUUAGUUGUUAAUGCAUCCGAUGAAAAACUAUCUUUACGUGCAUUACGACAACUUCAUCGUUUAACAACAAUUGAUUUAUAUCGACUAGCAUUAGGUGAUGCUUUAUCUGAUGCAAUUAAUACUUAUAUUUAUAAAAAUUAUCAAAAUAUUAAUCUUGUGAUAAAAUUUCUUUCAAAUUCUGGUAUUGAAAUCUUAUUUUAUGAUUAUGUUGAAGCAGCAUGUCAACUAUCUGCAGCUCGAAUGAUUAAACAAAUAACAAUUGAACAUUGGAAAAAACAAUCAUUAACAACAAUUCAAUUAGCUAUUAAACAAAUUAGUAAAAAAAUUCGAUAUGAAGGUGUCGAAUUAGUUGAACCUAAACCACCAUCAAAAUUUGCACUUGAACUUAAAAAAUUAAUGAGUUCUCAUUCAACUGAUAAUGAAGCUGAUGAUAAGAAAAAAGAUUUUAAUUUAAUUGUUAAUGUUUUAACGAAAAUCUAUUUUAUAUUUGGUAAACAACCAUUUAUUGAUAGAUCUCGAUAUGAUCCGUUGUUUUUAUAUGUAAAUGAUAUGUGGUUCGAACAAAUAAAUAAUGAACAAGAUCAACGUAAUGUUACAUUUUUAAUCAAUGGCUGGCGUUCGAUUCUUACACAGUGGUUGAAACUUAGUUAUGCAAAUCGUCAACAAUAUUUCGAAAAGAUAGAUUCUGAUUUAUUAUACAAUGAUGAUGAUUAA